AUGGCUCUGGAAGAUAUUUGUAGCUUCAAGGACUCUCCUGUGCAUGACAAGUGGUUUUCUGCUUUGCCUUUGGAAGACACGGCCACAUCUUUCAAUUUGACUGAUUACAACCUUGGGUGGAGGAGACUGAAGAAAUCAGAAAGAAACAUUGGCGCCCCUCUGCAAAUUUUUACCCCAUCUUUGCCAAACUCUGCCCAUUUCAACCAUUCAAUGACAGUUCGCAGGCCUUUCCCUCUGUGUCAUGGAACAACGACCCUGGGCUUCAUCUUCCAAGGUGGAGUCAUUGCAGCUGCAGACACACGUGCCAGUGCUGGAGGACUUGUUGCUUGUCCAGCUGUCCAUAAAAUAACCCCAAUUCACUCCCAUUUAGUGGUUACAUCCUCUGGUAGCGGUGCAGACUGCAUGCUGUGGGAGCGAAUAUUGGCAAGAGAAAUCAGACUCUACCAGUUGAGGCACAGACGCCGCCUGUCAAUAAGAGGCACUGCCAAGCUUCUCUCAUUUAUGCUGCACCCUUUUAAAGGCACUGAAGUGUGUGUGGCCCUUACACUGUGUGGCUGGGACACAGAAGCAGUUACCUCUGACUGUGCAAAUGACAGCUCCCUAGCUGUUAACCAAGAUGUUACCACCGUUACACAUUCUGCAUCCCCUAACAGUGGCCCAAAGCUGAUAUAUGUGUGCAGCGACGGGGCCCGUCUGCAGGGAAAUGUCUUUUCUGUUGGCUCAGGCUCUCCUUAUGCUUACGGAGUACUGGACGGAGGGAUGAGGUGGAGCCUGAGCAAAGAGGAGGCCAUCUCCUUGGCAAGAGAAGCAGUGUUCAGGGCCACUCACAGGGAUGCAUACUCAGGAAACAACGUGGACCUCUUCCACAUCACGGCUCAGGGAUGGAGCCAGAGACCGAGGGAGGACUUGAAAGAGGAAUAUUACAGAGAGAUGGAGAAGAGGGCAAAGAUAGUGGAGAAGAGAAAAAGAGCAACAUAA